AUGAAUUUCAGAUUCUUGGAAUUCUUCAAAGAUCCAUUUUUCGAAAUCCUGGAAUUCUCAAUCCCCAAAAACAUUGAGGAACUAAUUACAAAUCAAGAUUUACUUCGCAUUGCAGAACUAAAUCCUUUGCCAAAUAUAAAUAAGGCUGAAAUCCAUGCAGCGCGCCUUAGAUUCCAAGAGAUACAUUCAUACACUACAGCAAUGCACAUGGUCGAGUAUUUAUUUCCGUUUUUUCCUGAAUCUUUGGAAAAAAUAAAUUCUCUUGAUUUUCUUGACGCGAACGAGCAACUGUUUUGCACCGCAUUUAUCUUAUACUCAUACAAUACAUGGAUCACUCUACAUGAAAAAACGUCAUCAUGUGACUAUUUAGCUCUAUUAAUGAAAAGUUUAUGCAAAUUCAUAAAUACAAGUCAUCUGAAACUCCUCAAGUUCGCUGUUGUAUACUUGUACGCGAUCUAUUUGACGAAUGGACAAUACUCUGAUAUCGAAUCCGUUUUCGAAUUCAUUGAAAUUGUAGUUAAUGAUGAUCCUUCGAUUUCUCGAGCAGUAUAUUAUCUUUAUGCACAGACACUCGAUAAAAUUACCGAUAGAAAUGCUUUAACUCUUACGAAAUUUGAAAAGAAAUUAGUAAAUUCAUUUUUGAAGCUAAUUGAGAGGACGAAAAACUCAGAUUCACAAGAUGCAGCAUUUAUCAUCAUGAAAUCAAUCUCAAAUCCAUUCUUUCAUUUAGAUUUCGAUACUUCAGAAAUAUUUGCGCAUUUAUCAGAACAAUUCAACGAAGCAAUGGCAUCAGAAUUCGCUGUACUUAGUGCUAGAUCGAUUAUUAAAGUCAUAGAAGAAAACGACUGGGAUUUUCCUUUUUUAUCAGAUCCAAUCGCCGAAAGAAUCGAUUACAAACGCUCUAUCGUUCCGGUAUCGUUUGUUUUCCCAAAACAACAAACAUUUCCCGACGGUUUUCAGAUUACAAACCCAAAUAUUUUUACAACAGAUCAUGUCAGCAAUUUGGAGUGUUUUUCGGGACUUUCGACUAUAAUAGAAUACAUAGCUAUCAAUAUGCGAAACAAUUCCAACAUUAUGGAACUUUUUGUUAGAUUUUUAUCAGAAAAUUUGCCUUUUUCCACAAAGUACUAUUUUUCAUUGAAUUUUCUUGUGUAUACAUGCAAUUUAUUAUCAAGGUGUACAACAAAUGAGCAUUCUUUCGUCAAAUACUUUCCAAUUGAGAAAAUUUUUGCUCCAGGUAUUUAUUGUACGAUCGAAAACUGUCAAAACAACAUUUUAUACGAACAUACAAACCAAAUGCGUAACGCCGUGUUCCAUAUUAUCAUAAAAGAAGGAUUUGAAGCUUUUGACAAGUUUUUAGGCUCAUUAUUGACAACUCCGAUGAUAUUUGCCGAAUCAAUGUACAGAUUAUCUCAUUACAAUCAAGAAAUUAUGAAAUGGGUUCAAUCUGGACCCGAAUUUUCGAAAUCAAUCUCUGAUUUCUUAUUGAACCUGGCCAUCAUUAGAAAGGACAACAUAACAGAGGCCAACAUAGCCAUUACGAGUAUUUUCAGAUCUCUAUUGUUCUUUUUUUCCAAUCCAGAAAUUCAUUCUUUCUUUUUCCAGGACUCUUACUUCACUUCCUGUUUCCUUUCGUACAUCUUUGAUCCGAAUCUCGUGUCGUUUAUCCUAAAUCAAGUGAAAGUUUACAUGAGUACCUGUGAUUUGAGUCAUUCAGAGCUGGGAAGGUCACUAACGAACAUAAUAGGUAUACUUUGUAUAGGUUUCCCUCAGAAAGAGAACGUAAUUUUGGUUUCCAAGAUUAUCAAAAUUAUUCACGAUGUUUUAUUGCAGAAACAGACCGAAGUAAUGACAUUUGAGUCAAUUCUAACAACAGUUAGAGUGUCCGCGCUAUCACAUCUCUCAAAUACAGAAGAAUGCAGACAAUGUUUCAAAUCUUGUAUUGAUUUGUUCAUUGUUUCCAGCAAAAUCGUGACUUUGCACAACGAAGACAUCAUUUACUUCGAGGAAGGAUACACAAAAACCUUUUCCGCCGAUCAAUAUUUAUCAUUAUUUCCGAAAUUUGUCCAAUUACUUGCCGGAGAGGUCAGAACGAACACCGAACCCAAUUUUAUCAUCAAAGAGCCACUAGUUCUCCGUAUAAUGUUUAAUAUUUACGAAAGAUACAAUCAAAUUCCGGAAAUUUGCAAAUAUUUUGACAAAAUUUGCAAGUUUUCGAAAGAGAAUUGUGUUAUUUGCCAUCAGUCGGAGUUCGAUCUUUUCUUAGUUGACAAAAUCAUCAAGUAUUGGACCCAAAAAGACGAAAGAAACACAAUUGUCGCUUUAUUUGACUUGUUUUCAACAAUUGCGGAACAUAUUUCAUCAGCUGCUGUUGUUUAUAGAUAUAUAUCUUUGUUGUGUCCUAUUGACAAUAAGUUGCCACCUUUCUAUUCAAUGGCUUUGGAUAAAUUAUUAGUCAUGUUUGAAUUGAUUUUCAAAGAACCGCCAAAAUUGAUAAGUUUACAAAAAAAAUCAAAGAAAAAAGUGACACAAACAUUUAUUAUUGGUGAUGAGAUAUCAUUUUCUUUUUGGAUGAAGGUAAAGAAGAUCGAGAAAGACUAUUAUCCACUAAUUUUUAGUUGUUCCGAUCUUAAAAAACACAAUUUUUCUUUAUUUGUCAAUUCCAAGUCAUUAUCAAUUGGAUCUGAAGAUUCUGCGUUCGCCAGUUUACCUUAUUUGCAGGAGAAAUCGUGGAAUUUCAUUUUAGUUAGAAUACUAAAUUCAGAAAUUGUCGAAUUGACAAUAAAUGGAAAUAUGUCAGAAACGAUAAAAUUGAAAGAAAACAUGAAAAUUCAAGGAGAAACAAAAUUCAUUUUUGGUGGAGAAAUUUCGUAUUCUUUUACUCCAAAGAAACCUUAUGUUUUAGGUCCAUUCGGAGUAUUCAAUGAACUCAAGACAUUUAAUAUAUCCGAAUUAGAAACUCAUGGUUAUAUUUAUAUGAGAAGAAUCAAUGCAAAACCAAUAAUGAUUUACAACGAAAAACUGUCAAAAAAGAAAAAUAAUUUUAUUUCGGUUUUGACAACGGUUUGUCAUGUUGACAUUAUACUACCAAUAUUCAAGAACUUGGCAUUGACGUAUGAUGAUGGAAAUCUUUGCGAAAACCAUAUAACUUACGCAAGUGAAUUAUUAGUGAAUUUUUUACUUUGGUCAGAUGAUUCUGAAAAUUCUUGUCAAAACGCUUUUUCUAUUAUUGGUUAUCUGCUGGAAUCCGUUGAUAUUUCAUAUUUUAGUUAUGAAUUCUAUGAACAUUUCUUUAAUAUUCUCGGAACAAUUAACUACAAACCAUUGAAAACAGAAAUUAUCAGAGAAAUUUUGAUGAAUUUCUCUAUUUGGACAAGAAUUCAACCUUCUGAGCAAUUGUUGGUUUAUUCACAUUGGUCGCAGUUUCUUAUUAACAUUUAUUCUGAAAAUGUAUUUAGUUUUACUAAUUUUUCCGUGUUUUUGUCAGAAAUUUUGAUUUAUUUCAGAUCAAAAACUGAUGAUAAUUCAUUGAAUGGGUUUACAAUUUGUAAACCAAGUUCUGAAAUUUCUUUAGUAGAAAUUCGAUUGAUUUUGUUCCAAAUUUUGCAGUUAUUUGCUUCUCAUGAAUUUACUUAUGAUGAAUACUUGUUGUUAAUCAGUUCAGCACGAGCACAAAAUGGUACAGAGUUGUUUUAUGAAUUGUUGAAAUUGAUUUUGAGUUUGGUAAAUUCACAACCUUCUCCUUUGGCAAAAAUACAAAAUCAUGAUUUGAUUUUCCCUUUGAUUUCUUUAUUGAAAGAUGCAGAUACUUAUGCAGUACAAGGUAUAGUUAAUAUUAUUAAUAACAUCUAUAAAAAUAAGAUUGUUUCCAAACCGGAAAUCAGUAAUUGCGUGAAUAUGAUGAUAAGAUUGACUCCGAAAUCAGCUUUUAACAGUGAUUUGGCAAAAUAUAUAUUGUUUAUGUUGAAUUACUCAAAGGAUUUCUAUCCUUUCUUCUUCUGGUGCCUCUAUAAUUUAAAGGAAUUCGACCAGGAAUUGUUUGAAAACGGUAUCAAUUUGUUGCAAAAGAAAAAUAUUUCUGAUUUUUGGUAUUUCAUAUUUUUGACAAAAAGUGACAAUGAUUAUUUACUUGAAACCAUUAUAUCGAAAUAUCCUGAGAACAUUAAGUUCUCUUAUAUUAAUUAUUUGUUUACUUGUGAGAUGCUGCACUUGGAUACAAGAAAAAUGGAAAAAUUUUUCAUUUCGAAAUUGACAGAUUACUUAAUUGAGAAAAAUGUUUCGAUUUCAGAUGAAGCAAUUGUUAGUAAGUACUUGGAUAUCGUUGAAUAUUUCUUCUUCUUGAAUAGAAAGUCAUUAAUUAACAAAACUUUAUCUGAUAUUUUCAAAUUGUCAGAAUUCAAAGAAAAUUUUGUUGAAAAUGAUGAAAUUAUCAAAGAAAAAGAUGAAAACAAUGAUGUUCAUGAAAGAAUUUUCGAUGUUAAAAAUAUUCAAAAUAAUUAUUUCGGAUUAUAUCUUGAAAAUGAUGGAAAAUGGAAUGAUUAUGAUAUAGCAACCAAAGUUAUUAAGUUAUUGGCUCCUGUUUAUCAAAUUUCUCACAAAAUUUUAAUUUUAUUAAUUUAUUUUGUGAUAAAUUACAAAGAAACUGAAGGAAAAGAUGAAUAUCUUAAGAUAUUAGCUAAGAUAUCAAGUAUAUCAGGCUUAAAUCCACGAGAAAAGGAUAUUAUUGACUUAAUUAAUCCAAAAAUUACUGAAAAAACAGAAGAACAAAUUGAAUCAUUCCAAAGAACAGUCCAAGACAUCGGAUCGAAUUUUGUACCUUUGUUUAACCAAAUACUUGAUGAGAAAAAGAAUUCUUGUAAGGAAACAAUUAAUUUCAUUCAAAAAUUUGUCACUUUUUCAAUUGAGAGUACGAAUGAUUUAUGGAUUAAUUACAAGAAGAGGUUUGUUGAAGAGUGGAAGAACAGGAAAAUGAUCACUGAGAAGCAAUGGAGAUAUAUUUGGUCGAUUUUGACAAUACAAAAAGGUCCUUGGGAAAAAGAAAAUGAUAAAAUAUUACAUUAUAAAAGAGACACAACUUUAUGUAAUUAUAUUCCUUGUAAAAUGAAAAGAAACCGGAAUUUUGACAUUCACGAUGAUGCAAGUUUUGCAAGGGAUUCCGGUGUCUCCCCCCAAAGAAAUUCAAUGAAAAAAUUUUCUCUCAAAAAUUUCCAAAACAUGACACAGCAAAUUCCUAAAGAAAAAAUUGUUAUAGAAUCAUCAUGUGUUAUAUUAACAAACACAGGAGAAAAGCAUGCAACAAUAUCUCUUUUGAAUACAACAGUUUUGUUUUCUCAUGAAAAAAUUCCUUUUACUAAUUUUGUUUACAAAGAUAUUGUUCUUUUAUUACCUCAGUUACAUCUACAUCUUAACACUGCUCUUGAGAUAUUUUUGGAGAACGGAAAGUCUCUUUUCAUUGUAUUUCCAACUCCCGAAAUUACAAAACAAUUCCUCAGAGUUUUUGACCAAAAAUUGUCAGAAAAUGCCAAAAUUGAGACACAAAAAUUUUUGUCCAACCAAACAACUAAAGAUUGGCUUGAUCAUAAGAUCUCAAACUUCGAAUACAUUCUCUAUUUGAACAUGAAGAGUUCUAGGAGUUUCAGUGUUAAUUCCCAGUAUCCUAUUUAUCCAUGGGUUAUUUCGAAUUACGAAACAGAAAACUUGGAUUUAAAUGAUGUCAAAAACUACAGAAAUUUGUCAAUUCCUAUUGGAGCUGUUGACGAAGAAAGAUUAAAUGAUCUUAAGUCAGGAUACGAAGAACUCGAAGCCAUGGAUCCUCCAGGACAUUUGUAUUCCGCUGGUCCGAUUUGUUCUUUAGUUUUGUAUCUUUAUUUAGUGAGAAUUGAACCAUUUACAACAAUGCACAUUGAAAUGCAGGGAGGAAAAUUCGACCAAUCAGAGAGAAUUUUCUUUUCUAUUCCCGAUUUGUUCCGAUCUGUUUGUCACAAUAGAAAUGACUACAGGGAAUUGAUUCCUGAAUUCUAUUUCAUGCCUGAAUUUCUCUUGAACAAAGACAAAUUCGAUCUAGGAAAAUGUGCAAAUGAAACGGGAGAUGUAAUACUUCCGAAAUGGGCAAAAUCUCCAAUAGAUUUCGUUUACCAACUGAGAAAAGCUUUGGAAUCUGAUUAUGUCUCUCAAAACUUGAAUGAAUGGAUUGAUCUUAUUUUUGGAUACAAACAAAAAUCAUUGGAAUUCAACAAUUUAUAUAAAAGAGAACUGUAUGAAGAUAUCUGGACACCAGAACUAAUCCAGGACCAAGAACAGAGAGGACAAAUAGAAGCAGCAAAGAAUUACUUGGGCCAAAUUCCUCAUAAACUAUUCACAAAACCUCAUCCAAAAAGAGAAAAAAUUUCUUCUCAAAAUUUGAAUAGUUGUAAAAUUGCUGAAACAAAAAUUAACAGUUUAUAUGUUAAUUGCAUUGAUGGUAAGAUGUUUUAUAUUAUUGAUUCGAAUAACAAAUGUAUUUGUUACAACUCGAAAACAGGAGAAAGAAAUGAAAAAUAUUUAGAAUUUGACAUCAAAAAAGUUCAGAAUUUUCUUUUAUUUGGAUCUCACAGAGUUAUUUGUAAUAUUGACAAAGAAAGUUAUGUCAUUGAUAUUAAGACAGCAGAAGUUAUGAAACUCGAGAACCAUAUUAAAUGUGCAAAUGGAAAUGAUCUUUAUUUGAUAACAAUAAGUGAUGAAAACACUCUUUCUUUCUUUGACGAAAACACGACAUUGAUAAAGAGUUAUCCAAUAUACAGAGAAUCCGCGAGAUCUUGUUUCGUUUCUUCUGAGUUUCAUUUGGCUGUAACAGCUGUAAAUGAUGGUUCAAUCGUUUUGCAUUCAUUGGAAAGAGAAAUAAAUGUUACUUCAAUGGAACUUGGUGACUUUAUUCCUCACCAAGUAAUUGUAACUCCGUAUUGGGGAUUCAUUUGUUGCUUUGUUUCGCCAAAAAGAUGUGAAAAAACUGUCAAAACUAUUGUUUAUUUAUUUUCCGUGAAUGGAGAAAAAAUAAGAGAAACAGAACUUAGCUACGAAAUCAAUAAUAUAUGUUCGUUUAGAUCACGAAAAGGAUUUGAUUACAUCGCUAUUUCGAAUUCAAGAGGAAAUGUUUUAGUUGCAGAAGCUUUUUAUUUGAAUUUCCAAAAAGUAGAAUUGAAAAGAUUCGCUAGAAUUGUCAGUAUUUCUUACGAUGAAGACGAACAAAACCUCGUCUGCUUCACUGAUAAUGGAGAAAUAUUGUAUACGCCUUUCUCUCCAAACUAA